UAAUUCAGCCCCUUGUUAACCAAACCUUUCAUGAAGCACGCCCCACCUCGCGCAUAUAGAUCUCGAGUCGUAGCUUCCGCAACUCGCAGCACCUAUUUCAUUUGCGGCGGAUUGUAUACAUUCAUAAGCUGGAAAUGCAGUGACUAUGGGUCAUCAUUGCUGCGGGUUUGCAAGAGGCCGUGGCAGUUCCAGACUUACUUAAAUUACAGUCAGAUAUUGCCAUCACAGUCGAUGUCAGCAAGAAAUAUCAAACUAUGGAUGGCUUUGGGUUCUCGGAAGCAUUUCAAAGAGCAAAUGUGAUUGUCAAGCUACCGGAUAAGCAGCAGAAAGAAGUACUCGACCUACUAUUCAAUACCACGUCCGGAGCAGGAAUGAACAUCUUACGAAUCGGCAUUGGAUCCUCCCCAGACUCAAGCAGUGACCACAUGAACACAAUCGAGCCCAAGAAUCCCGGAUCACCUACUGCCACGCCCGACUACGUGUGGGACGGCAAGGAUAGUGGACAGCUCUUCGUUGCACAGCAAGCAUAUGCUCGAGGUGUGAGAACUUUCUAUGCUGAUGCUUGGAGUGCACCCUCUUUUAUGAAGACCAAUGGUAAUGAAAAUAAUGGUGGAUCUUUAUGCGGUGUCAGUGGGACCAAAUGUUCGAGUGGUGACUGGAAACAAGCUUACGCCAAUUAUCUCGUGGCCUACAUCAAGUUCUACCAAGCUGCAGGCAUAGACAUCACUUAUGUAGGCUUCCUGAAUGAGCCGGAAUACAGUGCAAGCUAUGCAGGCAUGCUUUCAUCUGGCACACAAGCAGCAGACUUUAUCAAGAUCUUGGCCCCCACCAUCUAUACAGCGAAUCUUAGCACUGGUAUUGCUUGCUGCGACAGUGAGGGUUGGUCCAAUCAAGGCACAAUGACUUCCCAGAUCAAGUCAGCAGGGGCCGAAUCCCUCCUCGCAAUAAUCACUUCGCACAGCUAUACGUCUUCUCCCAGUUCACCGAUCAGCACGAGUAAGCGAGUUUGGCAGACAGAGAAUGCUGAUCUUCAGGGAGCGUGGCAAUCCGCUUGGUAUAGCAGCGGCGGGGCAGGCGAGGGCAUGCACUGGGCGAGUCUGAUUCACACGGCUGUCGUGAAUGCAAAUUGUAGUGCGUAUGUCUACUGGGUCGGUGUUCAGGGUGGCUCAACCAAUUCGAAGCUUGUGAGAGUGGACGGAGACUCCUACAUAGUCAGUAAGAGACUUUGGGCCUUUGCUCAGUGGGCCAGAGCUGCGACACCUGGGAGCGUGAGAGUUGGAGUAUCGGGAGGAAGUGGAUUGCAAACGAGCGCCUACUUGAGAGACGAUGGUACCCUUGCUGUGCUGGUCCUCAAUACUGGGACUAGUGAUGCAAGUGUGAGCAUCAGCACGGCUGGUGACUUCACGGCGAAUACGACAAAAGCAUGGAUCACGGACAAUACCCACGACUAUAGCGACACAGCUACCACAAUUUCUAGCUCCGGGCUGGUUAGCGGGAGCGUCUCGGGACGAUCAAUGGUUACUUUCGUCUUGUCAAAGUAAUGAGAAAUGCUCUUUCUACAUCGCUGAACCAUCUCGAUUUCUGAGCGUCAAGCCUGAGCGCAUCAGCUGUUCUGUGAUGGGAAAUUUCGCUGACGUACAGUUAUACAUCUCAAUGAUGUAUGCCAAAUGCUAUCGACGACCUCACCCAUGCAAUCAGAGCCCUAGGAAAAGGCGUGCCGAGAAACGUAUUAAAAA